GACAGUCAACAAGAAUAUAUUCGUGAUUAUUUAAACUUGCCUGCGAUUUAAUGUAUACAACAGUGCUGGAAUUAAUUCAGUGCAAUACAUUUAUUAUUUUUCUGCAUGAUUAUUGUGACGCGUGACGACGCAAGGAUCAGUUUUUUGAGAGUCGAGGACUUUCUGAUGUUCGCAGUGUCAGACGGGAUAGUUGAAAAAACUUUGCAAAUGCAUUGCGCCAGUUACAAUUUCAUGGAUAUUUCGUAGGGAAUCGCCGUUAUUGCCGUUUACGUCGGCAGAAUUUUUUUCCACAGAACUAGAAUACCAAAUGAUAAACGAGAAUGCGUACUCCUGCUGAGACCGAAACACUAUCUCAACCUGAGAUGUACAAAUUUGAUUCUCAGGAAAUGGAAGCACCGUCGGGUGUCAAUCAAGUGGUUUUGUCACCCUCCCGUCCAGAAACGCACAUAUUUACUAAUAGCAUGUUAUGCAUCCAAGAAGAGUUGGGCCAGUUGGGUGGAAUUGCAGGAGGUCCCAUAAUCACUGACCCACACAAUGCUCAAUUACCUAAUAAUAGUCAUAGCAUUUCGGGAAGCAAUAGUAAUUCCAGUGAAACUGCGACAAAAUGUACUCCAGGUUCUGGAACUUUGGAUGCACAGAGGUCAAGUUGGGUCGAGGGUAUAUUAGGAUGUAUGCGCCCAGUUUGGACUAUGCUUUCAAAAGCAGCUGUGAAUGAAAAAAUUAAAGGACAUCAAACUGAUGAUUGGGAAAUACCAUUUGAAUCAAUUAGUGAACUUCAGUGGCUUGGAUCUGGUGCGCAAGGUGCAGUAUUUAGUGGGAAAUUAAACAAAGAAAUUGUAGCUGUAAAAAAGGUACGAGAACCACGUGAGACUGAUAUAAAGCAUUUACGAAAACUUAAUCAUCCAAAUAUUGUUCAAUUUAAAGGUGUUUGUACACAAGCACCAUGUUACUGUAUUAUAAUGGAAUUUUGUCCAUAUGGACCAUUGUAUGAUCUUCUUCGAGCUGGGAAACCAGUUCCACCUCCUAGACUUGUAUCAUGGUCUAAACAAAUUGCAGCUGGGAUGGCUUAUCUCCAUUCGCAUAAAAUUAUACAUAGAGAUCUCAAAAGUCCAAACGUAUUGAUAGGACAAGGAGAAGUUGUAAAAAUUAGUGAUUUUGGAACUAGUAGAGAGUGGAAUGAAAUCAGUACAAGAAUGAGCUUUGCUGGUACUGUUGCCUGGAUGGCUCCAGAAAUAAUUAGAAACGAACCUUGUUCCGAAAAAGUAGACAUAUGGUCAUAUGGUGUAGUAUUGUGGGAGCUCUUAAGUGGUGAAAUACCUUACAAAGAUGUGGAUUCUUCUGCAAUUAUUUGGGGUGUGGGCAAUAAUUCUCUUCAUUUACCAAUUCCCGCAAGUUGUCCAGAAGGGUACAGAUUACUUGUAAAACAAUGUUGGGCUGCUAAACCACAUAACAGACCUUCCUUCAAACAUAUUGAAAUUCAUCUUGGCAUUGCAGCUGUUGAAGUGUUAUGUACAAAACCUGAUGAUUACUUUAAAACACAGCAAUCUUGGAAAAAAGAAAUAAGAGAUCAUAUGAAACAAAUGCAAACAAAUAGCUGCAGUAGUCCAAGAUUUGAAGCUGAUCUAAUACGACGACGCGAGGAUGAAUUAAGGCAUGCUCAAGACAUUCGAGAACACUAUGAACGUAAACUCGAACGCACUAACAAUUUGUACUUAGAAUUAAAUGCUGUUUUAUUGCAGUUAGAACAGCGUGAACGAGACGUAAUUAAACGAGAGCAACAAAAUGGAUACAAACAAUGUAAAAAACGUCUUGUACAUCCCUUUUUAAAGGCCCAAGAAAGACUCCAUCGUAGACGUAAUCCUACAACACAAUUUUCAUCUUCUACACCAACAACCCCACCAUCUCCAACAGAUUGUCCCCAAAGUCCUGUAAAAGCAACCAUGUAUACACAAUUGAAUGAAUCUAAUCAACCAGAAACAGUUUUAGCGCCUAGUAACAGUUUCAAACAACGUAAAUAUAGACAUCGUCGAGUAGGAUCUGGAUGUGGUGUAAACUCUAGCCCCCGAUCAAGUCCCCAUCACGAAAGAAAAAGUACAGAAGUAUGUGCACGUUUUGUUGAUAAUCAAACUCAAACAGAUAUAACGGAUAUUAGCGAAACUGAUUUCAAUCCUGUUGGACAUGGAACAAUAGUUUCAUCAACAGAAAAGCUUUCUGUAAAUAGCAUCAAUAAACAGUCAUUAAAUAAACAAACAUCAGAAUGUUUAAAUGGAAAUUCAGUUUUGUCCGAAGCUCAUUAUAGAAUGCAAUCUAGUCCCUGUUCCAGUCCUGAACCUUCAAAUGAAAAUCAUGCUAAUGGGAAUGAACGUUUAAAGGACUGUAGUGAUGAUGAUAAUCUUGAAACACUUGGCCGAAAAGUUAGUGAAAUCAUUAAUGCUAAUCGCCUUAUUUCUCCUAUAGAUAAUGGAAAUUGUGAUGAUGUCAUACAACAUAGGGGUAAAGAGGAAUCUGUAAAAUUAUCUGGUCAUUUUUGUGGAAUUAUUAACGGUACUAAUACGCAACAAGAGCAAUCGGAAAUUAAAACUCGGCCUUGCACUGAGAACAUAAAUGAUUUACGCGAUCAUGAAGAUGAUGCAUGCGAAGAAAGUUGGUCGGAUGAAGAAGGUGAAGAUCCGAGCUACACGUAUAAUUAUUCUCUAAGAAGAAGGAGUAUUGCGAGAAGACCAAUUGGUCCUGGGUAUAGAUUAAGACGAUUUAAACACGCAACAGUACGAAUAGAGGGAGUGUUAGCUUCAGACGAAGAAAACACUUCCGAAUAUUCGCAUCCUCCGUCCAGUCAAUCAUCUACAUUAGAAAGUAAUCCUGAUACGCAAAGAGCACUUCGUAAUAUUCAAUAUUCCCAUAGGGUGAGCUAAAGUAAUUUUUUAUCAUUUAUAAGUACACGUUAUUCUGUAUAAUAUACACGUGGAAUCAGGACUGCUACACUUAAAAUAAAUAGAACCAUUGUGAUAAAAGGAUUAGAACAUAACUGUAUUUUCUUGUACAAACAAUUUAUGAAAUAAUUAAUUCUUAAUCUCCAGUGUUUAUAAUUGAUUACACUACAGAUUCUUUUUAUCUCCAUGGUCCUACUUAUUUUAAGUCUUAAUUCCACAUGUAUAUAAGUAUUCCAAAAAGAUUAUAUAAACUACAAAUUCUCCGUCCCAAAACAAAUUGAGAAGUCCUGUAUUAUUUUGUGAUCUACAAUUUUGUUUCCUUGAAGGUACAAAAACAAAAUACUGGAAUCAUAUGUUAACGUAAGAAUAGAAAGAGAACGUUUCAUAAAGAUCCCUUGUCCAAUUACGUAUGUGCAUUACUCAUUGACCGGCGUUGUGCGCGAUAUUUGAAAAAUCUCUACAGGGGAAAUAUAAAAGUCUCAUAUUUCCUGAGAGUUGUUUUUUUGAUAAAAUAUAAAUUUUAUAAUUAAAAGAUUUAACGUUAAAUAAAUAUAGACUGAAUAUAAUAUAAUAAUAUUACGACCUACCAACGUGCAUGGUACUCUGUGUUAAUGCGCAUAUACAUACAAUCAGACAAGGACGCGGAAAAUUCGUGUACCGUUUUUACAAUACUAAUAUCGCUUUUUCAGCUUGCUCACGCACUCUAUUAUUUAUAUUUUCAUGUUUAUUUUCGAAAUAUAAGCAAUUAAAAAUUUAGAACUCACUGUGUAUGCAAAUGUGUCUCCAGCUGUCAAUUUUGCAUGCGCCGCAGUCCGACCGUUGAGAGUUUUGACAAGCAACUGAGAGUACGUUGCCCGAGGUUAUAGAAGAGCACGUGUAGUGAUGCGCGCGCAUUCAAAUCUUCGAUCGCUUAUAUUUCAAAAAUGAAGCGGUAGAUUACAAAGUAAUAAAAGGACUUUUUUUAUUUAUUUUGACACGAAGAAUCUGCAGUUUUUGCAUUACACAUUCUUUCCUUGACACCAUGUGUAAACACAAUAAAGACAAAAAAUAAAUGUAUUAGGAAGUAAAUAUUUCGAAAAAAAGACCGAGUUAGGGAAUAUAUAAUGGAAUGACAAUUGUUAAGAAAAUUCUACAAAAUAAGUGCCUGUGGCAAUUUGUAUAAAAAAUGCACGAAACAAUAACUAAAAGUUAAAUAGAAAAAAAAUUUAAUCGAAUUGUAAUGUGCAAUAUAAAGCAAUUAAAGCUUUCAAUUGGAAAUAGAGUUGUUGGUACAUUUUCAAUUCAACGAAUAUUCAGAUAUAUAAAUAAAAUUAAUUACAAAUGACACAAGAUAUUGCUUCAAAAUUAUUUUAUCACAAAAGAAAUCAUUAAAUAUUUUUGAUGCAAUAAAAUUACAUUUUUACUAUUAAUCUUACCGCUGAUGUAAUGUAAAGUACUGUAUGUAAUCGAUUUUAUUUUGUUUCUCGAUUAACAAAUGAAAAAUCUAAUUUAAUGACUACGUUUACAAUAAAAUUAGCAUAAGUUGUAUUAUAAUAUGAUGAAUAAUAGUGCAGGUUGUCUGAGUUUCAAACUGAAACUCAACAAUAGUGUUGGACUGUAUAAGAAAGUCAUACUCAUUUUUGCAAAUUAAUAACAAUAAGUAUUCCAAUUAUAUAUGCAUAACUAGAUGAUAUAGUUAACUCAGUUGUCCAAAGUACUGUUCUGCAUCCAUCUAUUGUACCUGCUUUGAAACUCAAAUUGCCUUAAUGACAAUUACUAUACAUUGUAAAUAUAGACAAUAUGAUAUGAACUUAAGAAAAAUAGGAAUAAGAUAUUGUAUAACAUUUUGAUGUGCUCAUUUGGAUGAAAUAAUUAAUAAGACGUACAGAGAUGUACUUUCUAAUAAUCAUACAUAUUGUAUCUAUUAUAUUUAUGCGAGUAGUUGCAUAAAUUGUUCCUUCUUGUGCAGUGGCAGCUAAACUGACUAGUUCUAUUAUUCUUUAAUAAUAGAAGCGGUACACAAAAUUUGUGUUAUAAACAAUAAAGUUGAUUUACAGUAA